AUGCCAACCAGUACUAGCACUAGUACUAGCACUAGUAGUGCUACUAGUGCUAGUAGUAGUAGUAGAUUAGGUGAUGUUGACUGCACCUAUAGUACUGUGAGAAGUCAGAUCAGACAGUGCAAUUGGUUUCUGUUGAGUUUGGCAAUUUUCUUGGCUUGUCUUCAAGUCUUUAGAGUUGCCCACAGCAUUUACAGUGCUACCAGUGCUACCACCACUACCAGUACUACUGCAUUGCUUCAUUCCAAUUCCACUUUCAAGUCCACUUUCAAUUUCAAGUCUAACUUGUAUGAAGGUGAAGAUGACCAUGAAGGAGAUGGAAAUGGAGAAAAUGAAAAUUCCAAUAAAGACAAAAUAGCAAUUUUGUUGUCCAUGGUUCCUUCCAAAAUGUGGAACCAAAAGGGCUUGGACCAUGCCAAAGCCAAUUUGAACAAUUUCAUCAACAAGGCUUGUUAUGCCAAACUCUGGAACUAUGAUUUGAUUGUCAACACUACCAAUGCCUUCCAGGAAUACACAUACAAAAGACCAUGGCUCCAUUUUGGAGCUUGGAAUCGAGUCCCACACAUGCAAGCACUCAUGGACUCCAAAAAGUACAGCUGGAUUCUAUAUGGAGAUCAUGAUAUGCUCAUUCAUGACAUGACCAAGCCCAUUGAAUCCAUGCUGAAAGAAGUACACCUAUAUGGAAAACAAAAGUCCGCCAGUGCAUUCAUUCCCGUCGACACUCCUGGAAAAGACAUUUUCGACUUCUCGUCAUUUGCAAUCAUGCUACAAGCAAACAACAACAACAAUAAGAAUCAAGUCGCAAGGAACAUACUCAAAUAUUGGAUGAAAUUUGCCAUGGGACUCUGCCCAAAAGGAAACUAUCCUCCUCCUGCUGGAGAAGAAAAUUUUACACACACUCAUUCCUAUGAUUGGCAACACAGCGAUCAGCCAGGUCUCUGGUACAGUCUCGCCAAAACACAUCAAGAAUACAACUAUUACCUCAACAACCAACACAACAAUAAUCACAGCAGCAGCAAAAACAACAACACAUAUGAUGAAAAUAGUCCUGAUCUCAGUGAAAUUGGAGAGUGCAACAAGGAAACAGGAUAUUUGAGUCAUAUGGCACAUGCAUUCUAUCUGGGAAAAUACUUUCAACAAGCCAAGGUCGUCAAGGGAACUGGCGGACCUGCUCUGGCAAAUGUACCCAAAAAUCAAUCCAUUCUAUGGUCACUGUUCGAUGACAAUGAACCAGAUAUAUCACUCCACAGUGACACUCUUGUCAGCCAGAGAAUUGGGAAUGGACCAUUCGCCAUCAACACUCUUUGCUGCGGACAAGCCAACAAACUUAAAGGGCUGCGACCACCAUUUGCCAUUCACACAAAGUUCCCCAGCAACAAUUGGCCUGGAGACAUGCCACUGCAGUUGCAACAAUGCAAACAGAAUUUGGGAUGCUUUGCCAAUCUCACCAAUGACGGGUUCUUGACGCUGGGAUGUGCGGAUACUCUCUACUUUUCAGGAAGGCUCUUCCAAUAG